GUGAAGGCUGACCACUUUUUGCGUAGACGGCACAUUGGUUCUGUUUUUAGCCAUAAGAAAUAAUCCCAAUUUUCUUGUCAGGACCAUGAGGACGAAUAUUUGAAGUUGGCGUCCGCCUUAUGUUUCAAGAGGUAUUCGAUCACCUUCCCCUCCUGGUCAUACGCCGCCGCCAAGUGGAGCGGAUGGCAGCCGUUGGAAUCCGCAACAUUGACAGGACUGCCGAUGCCCACAAGUGUAAACGCGCACUGGUAAUGGCCAUAAGCAGCAGCGUAAUGGAGAGGCAGGCGUUGCAGAUCGUCCACACACUUGAAGGCAGCUCCAUUGCUCACCAACAAGUCAAGGCAUUCGUAUGAGCUAUGGAAAACAUAAUCAAAAUUUUCUAGAAAAAUCAAAGAUCUAACCACUUGUAGUUAGCGGCAAGGGAACUAAAUAUUUAGAAUGAUAAUUUUAACUUCUUAGUUGAUAAAUUCAUUAAAAGCUCAGAGAAUUAUUUAGUGAACGUCUAAUACAAUUAAUAAACUGGAC